AUGCCGCGUUCGCGAUACUAUUUGGUGUGGUCGCCUUUUUCAUGCUCGCCUACCUUCCAAAGUCAGACCCCCCGCCUGCUGAUGACGAUGCGUGAGCAUGAAUUAUGUGGAUUUGGUUUUGAGGCAGGUUUCUCAAGGAGCAAAUCGCUACAACAUGCCAUCAAUUAAGGCUUCGCCUACUUACUCGAUCCAUCUUCACAUAGUACAUCUUGGACGAGCCGUUCUCCAAAAGGGGGGAAAAUGAGCCGCAGGAUAACGUCCCAAGAUGGAUAAGGGUAGGCGUCAAAUCAAAGGGUGCCAUCAAACGAUGACGCUCAGACAAAUGGAGUCGCCAAAAUCACAUGUGGCGUACCAUCAUGGGGCAGAGCAGUCAUGUUGUCUGAAGUGUGAAGAACGAUAGUUUCAUGGGCCUUUUCUGUUGCCAGCUAAAUGAACAAGAUUAGUCCACUUCUAUCGUGGGAGCGGGUUGUAGUGUUGAUAUACACCACAGACAUGCGCCGAGAGCGCAGUUUUGAUUUUUCAUUUUGCCUGUACACCGAGCAUAUUUCUUGAGAUGCCACUCUUAGACGGACAACAUACUUAAGAAGGCUCAUACUCACGCCCUCGAUCAUGAAGAAUUUCUGUGUUUUUU